CGCGGCGCCCCGCCCCGCUCCCUGGCGGCCGGAAAUAGGAAGCGGCGGCGGCGGCUGCCCGGAGACCGCGCUGCCGUGACCGCUGCCGGGGCCGCGCCGGGGCGGGAGGCGCCGGGGGCCGCGCCAUGACGGGCAAGUCGGUGCGCGACGUGGACCGCUACCAGGCGGUGCUGGCCAGCCUGCUCGUGGAGGAGGAGAACAAGUUCUGCGCCGACUGCCAGGCCAAAGGGCCACGAUGGGCAUCCUGGAAUAUUGGUGUAUUCAUCUGUAUUCGAUGUGCUGGGAUCCACAGGAAUCUAGGAGUUCAUAUAUCCAGGGUAAAAUCAGUCAAUCUCGACCAGUGGACACAAGAACAGAUACAGUGCAUGCAGGAGAUGGGAAAUGGAAAAGCAAAUCGUCUUUACGAAGCCUACCUGCCAGAGAACUUCAGGCGACCUCAGACAGAUCAAGCUGUGGAGAGCUUCAUUCGUGACAAAUAUGAAAAGAAGAAGUACAUGGAUCGAAGUAUUGACAUCAGUGUGUUUAGGAAAGAAAAGGAUGACAAAUGGAAAAGGAGUAAUGAGCCAGUAUCAGAAAGAAAACUGGAACCUAUCAUCUUUGAGAAAGUGAAAAUGCCUCAAAAGAAAGAAGAAACACAACUGUCUAGAAAAAGUUCCCCUAAAUCUACUGAGCCAGUAAUGGACUUGCUAGGACUUGAUGCUCCUGUGACAACCACUGUUCCAAAUGGCAGGCCUAGCAGCUUAGAGAAGGAUCUUGAUCUCUUCGCAUCAGUGGGAUCAAACUCUGACUCCAGGAAGGUCGCCGGUUCUAUGCCAACGUCUGGAAGUGCUGGUUCUGUUCCUGAAAACUUGAAUCUCUUCCCUGAGCCAGGAGGCAAAGGGGAAGAAGCAGGGAAGAAGCAGCUCUCUAAAGACUCUAUCCUCUCCUUGUAUGGCUCUCAAACACCUCAGCUGCCUGCACAAGGAGCAAUGUUCAUGGCCCCAGCUCAGAUGGCAUAUCCUGCAGCAGCAUACGCUAGCUUUCCAGGAGUAGCCCCCUCCAGCGGCAUGAUGGCACCGUCGGUGGGAAUGGUGGCCCAGCCUGGAGCUGCAGGGAUGGUGACUCCCAUGGCCAUACCAGCUGGCUAUGUGGGUAACAUGCAGGCUGCUGUCAUCGGUGUGCCCAACGGGAUGAUGGCUGCGCAGCAGACUGGCUAUGUAACUGGCAUGGCAGCGGUUCCGCAGCCAGUUUACGGUGUGCAGCCAGCACAGCAGCUUCAGUGGAACAUCGCUCAGAUGACCCAGCAGAUGGCUGGGAUGAACUUCUAUGGAGCUAAUGGCAUGAUGGGAUAUGGACAGUCAAUGGGCGGAGGAAGUGCCCAGGGAAGCAAUCAGUCCCUCAGCACUCAGAUGUGGAAAUAAUCCCUUGCAUUGUGACCAUUUUUUGCCUUCUGUUCUGUUCUUCAAAACUGUUCCAUGAGACAUUCAGGGUUUUUCUUUCCGGCUGGCUGCCCAGCCUGAACCUCUUUCCAUAACUGAGACCCAUCUCUGCCUUUUUUACUGUAAGACAUGGUGAAACCUCAGUGACCAGAACAUGAGCUCCCCUGUAUUUAGCACAGUCAAUGCACACUCCUGGGGUGGACCCCCUCCUUGCACAAACCUCCACUAAUGCUUCUGGGUAGCACUUAAUGUCCUGCUGGGUAUCUUAGCAGAGGUGUGACAGAAGAUUUUGGGGAAUUUGGACUUAAUACUGCCUGUACUUUCAGGCCUUUUAAGAAUCACUUAAGCUCUGGUGUUAGUAGGGGUUUUGGUUAGCAGAGGGGUGGAAAUCUUGUUUGGUGCUGAGGAACUGGAUUUUAACCCAAACCCAGGGGCAAGCAAGCCUUGCUACCUCUUCCCUUCAGUGGAGUUCUCCAGAGCUGAGGCCUUGUGCUCGGCUCGCCACCCUUCAUUGGAACCAAAGUCAUUCGGAAGACCCCCUCUCUCCCCCCAUGAGCAAGCAGGAUUCUCGCACAGUGUGGGGGCAAGCUGUUUGGAAUGUGAAACUUGCACUUCAGAGUGGCUUUUCUGUCUAAUCUGUGGUAUUGAUGUAUUUAAAAACUUUUAACAAACUAACCAAGAGUUAACUUAUCAAGGGCUGAGAGCCCACUGCAAGUUUUCUUACACUUUUAAAAUGACUAUGACAUCCUAAUUUAUACUUUUUCAUAUUUUUUUUGUUCCUGUGUAAUGCCGGUACCCAUUCCCCGUUAGCUUUUGACAUUUUAAUCUAGGCCUGAAAAGUGGGUUGGUCAGAUUUCUUUUCUCAUCUUCAGUAGAACACAACUGCUUAAAAUCAUCAGCGUGAACAAGAAGUCAGACUUCCUCAGUCCACUUUAUCCUGUGUAUAUGUAAAUUCCCAAAUAAAAUAUUGCAGUGAAAACUCAA